AUGUCACGUGACAUUUUAUUCAAACCCCGCUGGCGUCAGUUCGCUCUGGACUGUACCACUAUAACUCUUGCAGCUACCACCAUGCCGAAACACUAUUGCGAUUACUGUGAUGUCUUCCUAACCCACGACUCAACGUCAGUGCGAAAGGCUCAUAACAGCGGCAGGAAUCAUCUCGCAAACGUCAGAGACUAUUAUGCAUCGCUGGGACACGACAAGGCGCAGAACAUUAUCGAUCAAAUCACUUCGGCCUAUGAAAGUGGGGGAGGACCGCCUCCAGGAGGCUUCGGUUUUGGCCCUCAACACCUUGGAGGCCCUCCUCCUGGCUAUGGUGGGCCUCCGAUGGGAUAUGGACAACCUAUGCCUCCACCUGGCUUCGGCGGACCCAGACCUCCCUUCCCUCCUGGACCCGGGAUGCCUCCCAUGAUGCCUCCUGGUGGCCCACCAUUCCCACCCAAUAGCAUGCCUCCUCCAGGUUUGAACGGUCCUCCUGGAGGUUUUGGAGGUGUACCACCUUUCCCUCCUGGUGGAGGACCCCCAGGCGCUGGUGCUCCUCCCUUUCCACCGAACGGCAUGCCUCCGCCUAACUUCAACGGACCGCCGACUGGCCAAAAUUCUCCUCCGAGCAAUGCUCCGGGACCAAAUCCCACUCCUGGCGGCAUCCAUCCCGAUAGGUUGCGCAUGAUGAAUAUUGGACGAUGA